AUGGCGGCCAAGUCUCGCUUCCGGUACUGGGCCGACCGGCUGGCCGUCGAGUCGGAGCCGGGGCUGACGGCGAGCCAGCUGAUGCUCACAAACCACGACCUCAAGCCCGUCGAGCGCGCCCGCCGCCAAUGGGGCGCCUGGAACUUUGUCGGCUUCUGGAUCGCCGACUCGUUCAACAUCAACACGUGGAUGAUCUCGUCGUCCAUGAUCGUCGCCGGCCUGUCGUGGUGGCAGGCCUGGCUGUGCGUCUGGCUCGGCUACGCCAUCGCCGCCUUCUUCAUCGUCCUGACGGGCCGCAUCGGCGCCGUGUACCACAUUGGCUUUCCCGUCGUCGGCCGCGCCUCGUUUGGCAUCUGGGGCAGCCUGUGGCCUGUCUUUAACCGCGCCGCCAUGGCCUGCGUCUGGUACGGCGUCCAGGCCUACAUCGGCGGCCAGUGCGUCUACCUCAUGAUCCGCGCCAUCUGGAAGUCUGGCUGGGACCGCACCACCAUGCCCGGCCCUUUCGACCCGGCUGCCUCCAGCACCCCCGACUACGUCUCCUUCUUCAUCUUCUGGCUCGUCUCCCUGCCCGCCAUCUGGUUCCCCGUCCACAAGAUCCGCCACCUCUUCACAGUCAAGGCCUACUUUGUGCCGCCCGCCGGCAUCGCCUUCCUCAUCUGGGCCAUCGUCCGCGCCGGCAGCAUCGGCGCCAUCGUCCGCCAGCCUAACACGGUCCACGGCAGCGCUUUGGGCUGGGAGCUCGUUCGCGGCGUCAUGUCCUCCAUUGCCAACUUUGCUACCCUUAUCGUCAACGACCCAGAUUUCUCGCGCUUCGCCCGCCGGCCCCGCGAUGCCUUCUGGUCCCAAAUGAUUACCAUCCCCGUUGGCUUCGCCCUUACUUCGCUCAUCGGCAUCCUCGUUUCCUCGUCAUCGGCCGUCAUCUACGGCGCCCCCGUGUGGGAUCCUCUCAAGCUGCUCGACCGCUUCAUCGACGAUGGCGGCUCCGGUCAGCGCUUCGGCGUCUUCAUCAUCGCCCUCGCCUUUGCCCUCGCCCAGCUCGGCACGAACAUUGCCGCCAACUCCGUCUCUGCCGGUACCGACAUGACGGCCCUGCUGCCCCGCUGGAUCAACAUCCGCCGCGGCGGUUACAUCUGCGCCGCCGUCGGUCUCGCCAUGUGCCCCUACAAGCUACUCACAAGCGCCAACAGCUUCACUACCUACCUGUCCGCCUACAGCGUCUUCCUCAGCUCCAUCGCCGGCGUCAUGAUUUCCGACUACUACUUUGUGCGCCGCGGCUUUCUCGACAUCCGGGAGCUAUACGACGCCCGCCGCACGGGGCCCUACUUUUACACCUUUGGCGUCCACUGGCGCGCGUACGCCGCUUACCUCGCCGGCAUCCUCGUCAACGUGGUGGGCUUCGCCGGUGCCGUCGGCACCAAGGUGCCCAUCGGCGCCACCUACCUCUACAACCUCAACUUCUUUGCCGGCUUCGGCGUCUCGUCGGCGCUGUACUGGGGACUGUGCCGCCUAUUCCCCGUGCCGGCCACGAGCGACAAGUGGAUGGAGGUCGGCGAUGAGAUUGACGACGUGCACGUGGCCUACGACCGGGACAGCGACCAGUACGACGAGGAGAGAGUGGCCGGGGAGGGCAAGGGCGGCUCAUUCUCGCCACGGGUAGAAUAA